AUGGGGGUCAGGAAAUGGCGCUUCCACCAUGGCAAUGGAGAUGGAGUCGAAGGAGCAGAUAGCAGCAUAGAGGAGUUGAGAGCCGAAUUGGAGAUGGUUCGACAGGAGCUGUCAAAAAAGGACGAUAAUAAGAAGACCAUUGAAAGAUUGAUGAUGAUCAUCGAAGCCCAGCAGCAGACAAUUACCGACCUAACAGUUAAAUUAGACCUCGUACUGAAAACCCAGGUACCUUCCCAUCUAAAUAUUACUCAUUCUUCCCAAACACUUCCCAAAAAUCCAAGUAAAGACAAAGCUGUCAAUCUUAAGAGACCGUUAAAUAAUUCAAGCGAUCUUUCCACAGACGACGAUACACUCCCUGACGGUUUUACCAAGGUUAAGCCCCGUAAAACGCGACGAAACAAGAUCGACACGACAGGCUUUCCUCCUCUCCCUCCACCAAAAUCGCAGUCUGAAACGUCUCAUUCAACUGCAAGCGAAUCGAAUAAACAGCCUGUGCCUAAUCUAUCGGUUACUUCCACGCCAUCGACAUAUCAGGUACCAGAAGACACGACUGCACAGCCCCCACGCAAGUUACGUGUUACCCCCAUCGUUCUUCGCUAUGCUUCGAGAUGGCGAGGCGUAAAGUUUAUUUCUUUGGGCAACAAAUCCGAACGCGCGGUUGCCGUCGAUGCAGGAAUCAGGAUAAUUCCCAAGUCCGGUGAUGAUUACCGCAGGGAGGAAGAGGUGCCCCAUCACACUUUCCCUCUACCCUCGGAGAGGAACAUUCAUGCUGUAAUCAGAGGAGUACAUGCGACACUUUCGGAAAUUGAGAUCAAGGAAGAGUUGCAACAGAGGGGAUAUUCCCCCCUGCACAUAAUUCGCCUGAAACGCGGUGGCGGCGUGCCCAUGCGUUUGGUGGUAGUCAUACUGCCCAAGAUAGAAAAAUCACAGCAGCUGUUCAACGAACACAAGCUGCUAGAUAAUGAAAGCAGCCUUAAAUGUUUUUCGUGA